AUGUACAACUCAGAAGUUCCUCACAGCACUCAGCAGGGGAUCGACAUGGACAACGGCUCUGGCGGCUUUUUGACCGACUUGACGUUCUUCGGUGGAAACUUUGGCCUACUGCCGACUGGGCUCUUUGUCCUAUCUGAUUUCACUGGACGAGACCAGAAAAAUGGCCGUUGGAGGGCUGGCUGUACAACGGCGUUCUCGCUGGACGGGUCCAUCGCAGUAGACAUCCGCACCUCGGGAUAUAUUCAGGUAGUUCACCGUGAGAAAAACGAGAAUUACGACUUUGCCAUCCACGACCAUCUCAGCGGCGGCAUGCACGACCACGUCCUCUACUUCAAAUUAGAUUUUAACGUCCUCGGCACUGCGAACACGGUUGCGCUCGUCCGCACCGCGGCGAUUUACUGGGACUUCGACAACGCGAAUCAGCUCUUGGUCGUCAACACCAAUGCCAAGAACAAGUUCGGCGAGAACAGGGGAUACCGCAUCGUCCCGCAAGGCGCGGGAAAGCUGACGGUGCGCGACGCGAGCGAUCUGAGGAAUGCGGCCCUGUGGGAUGAGCAUGAUGUCCAUGUCUCGAUGCAGAAGGACGGGGAGUCGUGGGCCUCGCAUGCGCACCGGAAUCAGGACUUGCACAAUCCACCAGUGGACUUUUCGCGCUUUUCAAACGGCGAGGUUUGA